AUGGAGGGCAUAACUGAGGGCGUUAACAAUAUCAGCAUUUCAUCUGAAUCGCAAAAGAAGAACAGAAUCCAAGUCUCCAACACCAAGAAAUCCCUCUUCUUCUAUGUCAAUCUCUCCAAGAGGUACAUGCAGCAAUACAAUGAAGUGGAACUAUGUGGUCUUGGCAUGGCUAUUUCCACAGUGGUUAGUAUUGCUGAAAUUUUGAAGAACAAUGGAUUUGCUGUUGAAAAGAAAAUCAGGACAUUGACUGUUGACAUGAGGGAUGAGCCAGGAGCACGGCCAAUCCCUAAGGCAAAGAUUGAGAUAUUAUUAGGGAAGACAGAGAACUUCGAUGAAUUGAUGGCCGCUGAAGCAGAAGAAAGAGAAUAUGGAGGCGAAGAACAGAAUUGA